AUGGAUGUCAAAAACAGAAACACCCCUGAUGAAGAAAUAGUAGAACCUGCUGCUACAUCCAGCUACAACGGGUCCUGUCCUUGUCUUAAUGCCACUGAAACUGGCCCAAGCUCAGAUCCGAUCGAAUCACUGCCCACCACAGUGUUAUUGACAACCACUGCGUACUCGACGGCAAUAGUGGAUGCAUACUCUUCCGACACGACAUCCACUAUACUUUCCACAACCGUUGUACCUGCUCCAGCCUCACAAUAUACUUCCUGGGAGACCGCUCCUUCCAUCACGCCAGAACCGAGCUCAGGUUCAUCCACUUCCACAUCACCGAGCAGCUCUUCUACCUCUUCCUCUUCUUCGCCACCAAAAGAGGAAGACUUCUUCGGUAUAUUGACAUACGAAUUAGGUCAAUAUGUAAUCAUGUAUGAUGUAACAGCGAAUGAAACUCCUUAUAAAGGCACUUCAAGGGACAACAACACUCCAACAAACUUCCCCGUGACACUCAUCACGAAUAAAUCCAAUUUCUCUAAGAGGAGAUUCGAGAUUUACAAACCUGUUGAUAAUGGAUCAUGGGGACCUGAAGUGAAGGACAGUAAAUGUACCAAGAGAAUUGAGUGCGAUAUUGAAUUCCAACCUGAUCCGGGGAAUCAGAAGAACCGUCCUGCUUUCGCCGUUUGGAAUGACGAGCCGUGGUUUAAGAAUAUCGAUCCGGAAAAUAAAUGUCAGGGGAGCUGCAAGUUCGUGGACUAUUAG